GCCCUGGGGCAGUUGAAGCGACGUGAUGUGCUUCCCGCUGAUGCUCCCCUUCUCAACGGCCCCGGUGAUGGCUCCCUGGUCUCCCUUCGGCCCCCACCUCCUGCUCGUGCUGUUGCUGCUGUGCCCACCGCUGCCCCCGACUCAGGCCCAUCGCUUCUCCGCACUCAACACUACCUUCAACCACUUGGCACUGGCACCCGACCGGGGCACAGUCUACGUGGGGGCGGUGAACCGCCUCUUCCAGCUCAGCCCGGAAUUACAGCUUGAGGCUGUGGCUAUCACCGGCCCCAUCUUCGACAGCCCCGACUGCGUGCCUUUCCGUGACCCAGCUGAGUGCCCGCAGGCCCAGCUCACUGAUAACGCCAACCAGCUGCUACUCGUGAGCAGCCGGGCCCAGGAGCUGGUGGCCUGUGGGCAGGUGCGGCAGGGCGUGUGCGAGAAGCGGCGCCUUGAGGACGUGUCCCAGCUUCUGUACCAGGCCGAGGACCCAGGUGAUGGACAGUUUGUGGCCGCCAAUGCCCCAGGAGUGGCCACGGUGGGCCUGGUAGUGCCUGCACCGGGCCGGGACCUCCUGCUGGUGGCCAGAGGCCUGGCGGGCAAGCUGUCAGGAGGGGUACCGCCCCUGACUGUUCGCCAACUGGCUGGGCCGCAGCCCUUCUCCAGCGAGGGCCUGGGCCGCCUCGUGGUGGGAGACUUGUCUGACUACAACAACAGCUACGUGGCGGCCUUUGCCAACGCCCGCUCCGCGUACUUCGUCUUCCGCCGUCGUGGGGCCAGGGCACAGGCCGACUAUCGCUCCUAUGUUGCCCGAGUCUGUCUGGGGGAUGCCAAUCUCUACUCCUACGUGGAGGUGCCCCUCCACUGCCAUGGUCAGGGCCUCAUCCAGGCUGCCUUCCUCGCCCCGGGCACCUUGCUGGGGGCCUUUGCCGCAGGCCCAAAGGGGACACAGGCGGCCCUGUGCGCCUUCCCCCUGGCAGAGCUGGACGGCAGCAUGGAGCAGGCCCGGCGCCUUUGCUACACAGCAGGCGGCCGGGGCCCCAGCGGCACGGAGGAAGCCACCGUGGAGUAUGGCGUCACUUCACGCUGCGUCACCCUGCCCCCUGACUCCCCUGAGUCGUACCCCUGUGGUGACGAGCACACCCCCAGCCCCAUCGCUGGCCGCCAGCCCCUGGAGGCCAGGCCUCUGCUACAGCUCGGGCAGCCCAUCAGCGCCAUCGCAGCCCUCCAGGCAGAUGGGCACAUGGUAGCCUUCCUGGGGGACACCCAGGGCCAGCUGCAUAAGGUCUUUCUCAAUGGCUCCCAAAGCCAGGUGUACCACUCCCAGCAAGUGGGGCCUCCAGGCUCAGCGAUCAGCCCCGACCUGCUUGUGGACAACAGCAGCAGCCACCUCUACGUCCUGACUGCCCAGCAGGUAGACCGGGUACCCGUGGCGGCCUGCCCCCAGCUCCCCGACUGCACCAGCUGCCUCCAGGCCCGGGACCCGCUAUGUGGCUGGUGCAUCCUCCAGGGCAGGUGUACCCGCAAGGGCGAAUGUGCGAGGGCAGCCCAGCCCAACCAGUGGCUGUGGAGCUAUGAGGAGGACAGUCGCUGCCUGCAUGUCCAGAGCUUGCUGCCGGCCCAUCACCCCCGCCAGGAGCAGGGCCAGGUCACCUUGUCUGUCCCCCGGCUGCCCACCCUGGCUAUGGAUGAAUACUUCCAUUGUGCCUUUGGAGACUACGACAGCUUGGCUCAAGUGGAAGGGCCCCACGUGGCCUGUGUCACCCCUCCCCAAGACCAGCUGCCACUUAACCCUCCAGGCACAGACCACAUCACCUUGUCCCUGGCCUUGAUGUUUGAGGAUGUGGCCAUAGCUGUCACCAACUUCUCCUUCUAUGACUGCAGUGCUGUCCAUGCCUUGGAGGUGGCUGCCCCGUGCCGUGCUUGUGUGAGCAGCCUCUGGCGAUGCCACUGGUGCCCCCAGAGCAGCCGCUGUGUGUACGGAGAGCACUGCCCAGAGGGCGAGAGGACCAUCUAUAGCACCCAGGAGGUGGAUGUCCAGAUGCGUGGCCCAGGGGUUUGUCCUCAGGUUGAGGGCCUAGCAAGUCCCCUCCUGGUGCCUGUGGGCUGGGAGAGCCGCUUGGCCCUGCGAGUUCGGAACCUUCAGCAUUUCCGAGGCCUGCCUGCCUCCUACCACUGCUGGCUGGAGCUGCCCGGAGAACUACGGAGGCUGCCAGCCUCCCUGGAAGAGACGACUGGGGAUGCGGGCCUCGUCUACUGCCAGGCCCAGCAGUUCCACCCCCCCAUGGCCCAGCGGGAGCUCCCGGUGCCCAUCUACGUCACCCGGGGCGAGGGCCAGAGGCUGGACAAUGCCCAGCCUCUUCAUGUGACCCUCUACGACUGUGCCGUGGGCCACCCCGACUGCAGCCACUGCCAGGCAGCCAACGGGAGCCUGGGCUGCCUGUGGUGCAGCCACGGCCAGCCUGCCUGUCUCUAUGGGCCACUGUGCCCACCUGGGGCCGUGGAGCUGCUGUGUCCAACACCCACCAUCGACAUGAUCGAGCCCCUGACUGGCCCCCCUGAGGGCGGCUUGGCCCUCACCAUCCUGGGCUCCAACCUGGGCCGGGACUUUGCUGACGUGCAGGACGCCGUGAGUGUGGCCGGCCAGCCCUGCAACCCUGACCCUGCUCUCUACCGCACCUCUGCCCGGAUUGUGUGUGUGACAUCUCCGGCCCCCAAAGGCACCACAGGGCCAAUCCAAGUGGCCAUUAAGAGUCGGCCACCAGGCAUCUCCACCCAACACUUCACCUACCAGGACCCCAUCCUGCUGAGCCUGAGUCCCCAGAGAGGUCCCCAGGCAGGGGGCACCCAGCUCACCAUCCAUGGGCAACACCUCCAGACAGGAGGCAACAUCAGUGCCUUUGUGGGCAGCCAAUCCUGUCCUAUCCAGGAGCCAGUGUGUCCUGAGGCCAUUGUGUGCCACACCAUGCCCCAGGCCGGCCCAGGAGAAGCUGUGGUUCGUGUGGUCUUUGGCCAGGCCCAGCGCACACUGGGAGCCAGCCCUUUCCGCUACACAGCCAACCCCCAGCUCACAGCGGCAGAGCCCAGCGUCAGCUUCCGAGGGGGCGGGCGGCUGAUCCGAGUCAGGGGCCAGGAUCUGGACGUGGUGCGGCGGCCCCUGCUGUCCGUGUGGCUGGAGUCUGCGGCAGAGGCGCAGGCUAUGGCGACCCAGCCCCAGGACCUCAGGAGGGGCUGUGGGGCCCCUGCUGAACCCCCGCAGGCUUGCGUCCAGCUUGAGGGGGGUUUGCUGCAGUGCUCCACCGUCUGCUCCAUCAACUCCUCCAGCCUCCUCCUAUGCCGGAGCCCCGCUGUUCCAGAUGAUGCACGCCUCCAGCGCGUCUUCUUCUCCCUCCACAACGUGCGCGUGGACUUUGCCAACGCCAGUGGGGGCCAGGACUUUCUGUACCAGCCCAACCCCCGGCUGGCCCCCCUCAGCCGCAAAGGGCCUGCCCGCCUCAAGCCAGGCAACGUCCUAGAUGUGGAGGGAAGGAGACCGACACAGAGGGUGACAGGUGGAAAAGCUUUGCGUUGCCUCCGGUGCCGCCUGAGCCCAGGGACAUGGCCCUGCAGCACCGUCUCUAACCCGAGGCCUGCUCCCCGCAGGACGGAGACCAUGGUGGAGAAGCUGCUCACUAACUGGCUGUCCAUCUGUCUCUACUCCUUCCUGAGGGAGGUGGCUGGUGAGCCGCUGUAUAUGCUCCUGCGGGCCAUCCAGUACCAGGUGGAUAAGGGUCCUGUGGACGCCGUGACAGGCAAGGCUAAAAGGACCCUGAAUGACAGUCGCCUGCUUCGGGAGGACAUGGACUUCCGGCCCCUAACAUUGAUGGUGCUGGUGGGCCCUGGGGCCGGUGGGGCCUCAGGGAGCAGCUCAGCGCAGCACGUGCCAGCCCGGGUGCUCGACACAGACACCAUCACGCAGGUCAAGGAGAAGGUGUUGGAGCAAGUCUACAAGGGCACCCCGUUCUCCCAGAGGCCCUCCGUGCACACCCUAGACCUCGAGUGGCGCUCGGGCCUGGCUGGUCACCUAACCCUGUCGGAUGAGGACCUGACCUCAGUGACCCAGAAUCACUGGAAGAGACUCAACACCCUCCAGCACUACAAGGUCCCAGAUGGGGCCACAGUGAGGCUCAUCCCCCAGCUGCACAAUGGAGGCGCCGUCUCCCAGAGCCUGGCCCAGAGCUGCUCCUCCGGGGAGAACACCCCCAUGCUGGAGGACGGCGAGGAAGGUGGGGUCCGCCUCUGGCACCUGGUGAAAGGCACUGAGGAGCCAGAUGGGAACAAGGUUCGGCGCAGCAGCCUGCGGGAGCGGGAGCGGGAGCGGGCACGGGCCAAAGCCAUCCCGGAAAUCUACCUCACCCGCCUGCUCUCCAUGAAGGGCACACUGCAGAAGUUCGUGGAUGACACCUUCCAGGCCAUCCUGAGCGUGAACCGGCCCGUACCCAUCGCUGUCAAGUACCUGUUCGACUUCCUGGAUGAGCUGGCAGAGAAGCAUGGCAUCGAGGACCCAGAGACCCUGCACAUCUGGAAGACUAACAGCCUGCUGCUACGAUUCUGGGUGAACACGCUGAAGAAUCCACAGCUCAUCUUUGACGUACGGGUGUCAGACAAUGUGGAUGCCAUUCUUGCCGUCAUCGCCCAGACCUUCAUCGACUCCUGUACAGUCUCAGAGCACAAAGUGGGCCGGGAUUCCCCGGUGAACAAACUGCUCUACGCCCGGGAGAUCCCUCGCUACAAGCAGAUGGUGGAGAGAUACUACUCUGACAUUCGCCAGAGCUCUCCGGCAAGCUACCAGGAGAUGAAUUCAGCUCUGGCCGAGCUCUCGGGGAACUACACCUCUGCUCCCCACUGUCUGGAAGCCUUGCAGAACCUAUACCACAUCCACAGGUAUUAUGAACAAAUCAUCAAUGCCCUGGAGGGGGACCCUGUGGGCCAGAAGAUGCAGCUGGCCUGCCGCCUGCAGCAGAUCGCUGCCCUGGUGGAGAACAAGGUGACUGACCUGUGAGCUCAGGCCACAGUGGGUGCCUGAGGCCCAUCAGCUUGGAGGGAAGCCAGCAGGACCCACCACCACAGUGCCUUAUGACUCCUGGACCAAGCAGAAGAGGGGCUGCAGAGAGUGGGGGGGGGGGGUCCCUGCAACCUCUCCUCCCCCACCCUUCCUCCCUGCCCCAGGCUUUUUUUCUAAUUUAUAGCAAUCCUUCCCCCGCCUCCUCAUUAUAUUUAUUUGCUUGCUGGAAAGUUGCAUCUGGAAAUAAAGUCUUUUUAGGAAAA